AUGUUUUCUGAGCUUCAACAGCUUCGGCGGCGACAGUCGUUCGUCGGCAUUUCUCAACAAGAUAUGCGCCUCUCGCCUCCCAUAGUUGACGGGCUGUGGUAUUGUCUCUGUCCGUCAUACCGGCCUAUACAACUGCGCCACUCAAUACGAACCUUUUACACGGCUAGAGAAACUUCACGGAGAUGUUUGAGUUCCGCAUCAACGACGGCAUCGACGAGGAUUCCGCUGAGUGAGCGUCACAAGCAGGAGAAUAGUUCUCGUACACAGAAUGACGUCUCACGCACAAAAUAUCUCCCUUCACGCAACUUCAACGAAUUCCAAUCGCAGUCAAUCGGCGACCUAGAAACACUGCUCGAGCAAUCCACAUCUCGGGGACGAAUCGAUAUAUCCAAAACCAUCACUAUCCUGAAGGAACUGCUUCAAAGACACCGCGUUACUCCUACAACACGGCAUUACAAAGCAUAUCUGCUCACCAACAUAGACCGACAACAUGGGUCAGUAAAAAAUGUUCGAAAUUUACUUCGGGAAAUGGCAGAGCAGGGAAUCACUGCUGACUCGGCGACGUUGCAUGCCGCUUUAGAGGUCCUCGCAGUCCACCCCGACUACCUCCUCCGACAAGAAGUAAUCGAAGCCCUACGCGCCCGUUGGCUCUCCCUCAGCCCUGCGGGAUGGCAUCACGUAGUAGCUGGACUGCUACGCGAAAACCAACUGGAGCUUGCUCUAGAUCGACUUGAACAAAUGGAACGAAAAGGGAUCUUGAUCGAGCAGUGGCUCCAUAGUCUUUUGAUCUACAAGCUUUGCGAUGUCGAUGAAUUCAGCGAAGCGCUGCGGCUGAUACGAUCAAGGCCUAAUAAAGCCAAAUCUGUAUCGUCGGCGAUGUGGUUAUAUUUGCUAAGAGCGGCGAUGAAACGGUCGCAUUACGAGACUGUGGAAUAUGUGUGGAAGAAUGCCGUGGAUUUAGGGUAUCAGGAUCUGAGCGCUGCCGAUUGCCGUGAUACCCUGGGAUUUGCGUCAGAACACGGCGAUGUUAUUCUUGCGGAGGCUGUUUUUCGGCACUUGUCGACAUUGCAGACGCAUUUGAUUUCUUACGAUUAUGGGAAACUGGUACAGGUAUACGCCCGGAAUGCCGAUAUCAAGUCUGCGUUUGAGAUUGUCUAUCAGAUGCACAAGCACAACGUCCCCAUAAAGCCUGAGACUACGCGGCCAAUACUACAGUCUAUGGAGACUGAAUCUAGCGAUCCCGCGAUCCUAUGGAGCGGCAUCCGUGGAUCGAAAAAGGAAGGAUCCGAAAUACCGAUAGCAUUGGCAAAUAUAGUCUUACAACAUACCGAGAACCUGUUCAAACGAGGCGCUCUUUCAGCAUCCAGAGCAAUCGAAGUCGCGGUGUCUAUUUACAAGGACCUUUUCGAUAUCUGUGCUAGCGGCGCCAAUACCGACACAUUCAACAAUCUGAUAUCUUUAUGCCAUCAAACCAGCAGACCAGAUAUCUGUACCUUUUUCGCAAAGGAGAUGGCAGCAUCCGGCGUCCCUCCUGAUCAGAGAACAUUGGAAACUUUGAUACUUGUCUGCUUGGACUCUGGAAAUCAGUCUUCGGCAGAGAAGUACCUGGCUGAUCUUGAAGCGCAGGGUUGGGAGUUGAGCAAGUCGGUGAGAGAUCAAAUCCGAGACCAGCUGGAAUAA